AAAUAAAGCACUGGUAACGGAUUCCGUUAGCCGGCGAAGCUUGGCAGUUGUGUGCUGAGAGAGAAGGUAGAGAUUGGCGGCGAUGGGUAUCUUCUUAGAUGAGCCCAAGUACGAGGUGAUCGACCGUACGCCGGGCUUGGGGAAGACUGUACGGAACUUCAAUCUGGACGACACCAUGAAGAUGGUGGGACUUGCGGGAAUGUCCCUACCAGUGGGGUACCUUGCAGGUGGCAGUGUCAAUGUACAGCUAACGACAGAGUUAACAGCAGAAUCAAGGGCAGAGUUAACAGCAGAAUCAACGGCAGAGCUAACGGCAGAGUUAAGAGCAGAAUCAAGGGCAGAGCUAACGGCAGAGUUAAGAGCAGAAUCAAGGGCAGAGCUAACGGCAGAGUUAANGGCAGAGUUAAGAGCAGAAUCAAGGGCAGAGCUAACGGCAGAGUUAAGAGCAGAAUCAAGGGCAGAGCUAACGGCAGAGUUAAGAGCAGAAUCAACGGCAGAGGUAACGGCAGAGUUAACAGCAGAAUCAACGACAGAUCUAACGGCAGAGGUAACGGCAGAAUCAGCGGCGGAGUUAAGAGCAGAAUCAACGGUAGAGGUAGCGGCAGACGAACGGCAGCGUUAACAGCAGAAUUAACGGCAGAGUAACGGCAGAAUCAACGGGGGAGAGGUAACGGCAGACUAACGGCAGAGUUUACAG